AAAAGCUAACACAUGCUCCAAUUAAGGCGCCCAACCCGUCCCAAGUUUUGGGAGUCUUCGGAUUAAGUAUUAGGACACGAGCGAUAUUUAGACGAGGAGUUCUCUCGCUUUGGAAGAGUCGAAAAAGUCACAAUUGUUUACGAUCAGAGGUCCGACCGUUCUCGUGGUUUCGGCUUUAUAAGAAUGUCCAGCACUGAAGAGCUACUCGCUACAUUCAGGAACUCAACGGAGCCUUACGUUUUCCCUUCAUGUGUACCGCGAUUACUGCCGUUCCGAUCGCGAUAAGGAUAGGGACCGCUAUGGUUGCGACAACCGUGAUUGGUGCGAUCGUCGCAGCCCUCGUCGUUGCUCACCUGAUUACAGGAGGCGCGGGAGCUACUCCAGGAAUCCUCCUAGGGGUGGUAGCCCUCGCAAGGAUUAUGAUGGUCCUUCAGGCACUGGUGCGGCAAGCUCCUCCAACCGGGCUGAAAACGGUGGUCGUUGGUGAUGGUUCAACGUCCAGCUGUCAGCGGAAACCCUCUCGAAGGUGUGCCAGUCGUGGUCACUUGUCUCGGUUGUCGAUGGGCGAAAGCAUGGACAAGAGGUCGUUCGUACAAGCACAAGUGAUUGAAGAGGUUCAUGGCGGUCAUCCUCCAGCAAGCCUCAAGUUGGCAAUAUUCUCGUUACUUCCCUAUCUUGAAAAAGCAAGACAUGGUUUCCGCGUUCGCUAUCUCAGACAGAAAGCCAAGUUCAAAGUUCAUUUCAUCCUCGACUAUUUGCCUGUAUCCGUUCCACUUUCAUAUCGCUCUACUACUUUGUUCUACACUAUCAAUUUUCGCUUCCGCGAAGAGUGGCGAGUCCCGGAUUGCGAUUGCAAGAAAGGUCGGGCACAACAAUCCUGCCGCGUAGCGAUUCGGCAUAUGCAGCCAAGGGGAUAUUGGCAGGCUUGUGGAAGGUUUCACAAACCAGGCUGA